GAGGGCUGGCUGUGAGCUUGCAAUGAAACUGCGGUAAACAAACUCACCGCUGUGAAGAUCUGCAGUGUUUCAGAGUUGCAUACACCUCACAUUUACGGUGCAGAGAGUUUUUAAUUCAUAAGCUGGCAGGAUGGUGGCGCUGUCUCUGAAGAUCUGUGUAAGACAGUGUAAUGUGGUGAAGACUAUGCAGUUUGAGCCAUCAACGGCUGUGUACGACGCAUGCCGGGUCAUUAGAGAGAGGGUUCCAGAAGCCCAGAUAGGACAAGCAUCAGAAUAUGGGCUGUUUCUGUCAGACGAGGACCCCAGGAAAGGGAUCUGGCUGGAAGCGGGCCGGACGCUGGAUUAUUACAUGCUUAGAAAUGGGGAUAUACUGGAGUAUAAGAAAAAACAGAGACCACAGAAGAUAAAAAUGCUGGAUGGAGCAGUGAAAACUAUCAUGGUGGAUGAUUCCAAAACUGUGGGAGAACUGCUUGUCACUAUCUGCAGUAGAAUAGGAAUCACAAACUAUGAAGAGUACUCUCUCAUUCAGGAGGUGGUGGAGGAGAAGAAAGAUGAAGGGAUGGGCACACUGAAGAAAGACAGAACUCUGCUGAGAGAGGAGAGGAAGAUGGAGAAGCUCAAAGCGAAACUACACACAGAUGAUGACUUGAAUUGGUUGGAUCAUGGACGUACAUUCAGAGAACAGGGAGUUGAGGAGAGCGAAACUCUGCUGUUGAGACGAAAGUUCUUCUACUCCGAUCAAAACGUGGACUCGCGAGAUCCUGUGCAGCUCAAUUUGCUCUACGUGCAGGCACGUGAUGACAUCUUGAAUGGUUCUCAUCCGGUGUCAUUUGAAAAGGCUUGUGAAUUUGGUGGCAUUCAAGCACAGAUCCAGUUUGGGCCUCAUAUAGAACAUAAACACAAGUCUGGAUUUCUGGAUUUGAAGGAGUUCUUGCCUAAAGAGUACAUCAAACAGAGAGGAGCAGAGAAGAAAAUCUUUCAAGAGCAUAAAGCUUGUGGCGAAAUGACAGAGAUUGAAGCCAAAGUGAAGUAUGUGAAGCUUGCAAGAUCCCUCAGAACAUAUGGAGUGUCUUUCUUCUUAGUGAAGGAGAAAAUGAAAAGCAAGAAUAAGCUCGUCCUGAGGCUGCUAGGUAUAACCAAAGAAUCAGUGAUGCGAGUGGAUGAGAAAACCAAAGAUGUCAUUCAGGAGUGGCCGCUUACUACAGUGAAGAGAUGGGCUGCCUCACCUAAAAGCUUUACACUGGAUUUUGGGGAGUAUCAGGAGAGCUACUAUUCCGUGCAGACCACCGAGGGAGAACAGAUAUCUCAUCUUAUCGCUGGUUACAUCGAUAUCAUCCUUAAGAAGAAACAAAGCAAGGACCGUUUUGGCUUGGAGGGAGAUGAAGAGGCCACCAUGUUAGAGGAAUCAGUUUCUCCAAAAAAAUCUACUAUAUUGCAGCAGCAGUUUAACCAUGUUGGGCGGGUAGAGCAUGGCUCGGUGGCACUGCCUGGAAUCUUGAGGUCAGGGUCUGUUGGCCCAGAAACACUGAACAUGGGUACCAUGCCAUCUCCACAACAACAAAUCACUAUUGGACAGAUGCAUCUUGGACAUAUGCCACCACUGAGUGCAGCCCAACAAGCACUAGUGGGCACCAUUAAUAGCAGUAUGCAAGCAGUGCAGCAGGCUCAGUCAGACCUGGAGGUGGUGGAAGAGCUGCCACCACUUGGAGAUGAUAUGGCUUCUAAAAUGUGGAUUCAAAACAAGAUGGAUGAGUCCAAGCAUGAUAUUCACUCUCAGGUGGAUGCCAUUACAGCAGGAACUGCCUCUGUGGUCAAUCUUACUGCUGGUGACCCAACAGACACCGAUUAUUCUGCAGUUGGGUGUGCAAUCACCACAAUCUCCUCUAAUCUGACGGAGAUGUCAAAGGGUGUGAAAUUACUGGCUGCUCUUAUGGAGGAUGAUGUAGGCAGUGGACAGGAUCUCAUGAGGGCUGCCAGAACUCUCACUGGAGCUGUGUCUGAUCUGCUCAAAGCUGUGGAGCCUACAUCAGGAGAGCCACGACAGACGGUUCUGACUGCAGCUGGUAGUAUCGGUCAAGCCAGCGGAGAUCUGCUCCGACAGAUUGGAGAGAAUGAAACCGAUGAACGCUUCCAGGAUGUGCUGAUGAAUCUGGCUAAAGCUGUGGCUAAUGCAGCAGCCAUGAUGGUUCUGAAGGCUAAGAAUGUUGCACAGGUGUCUGAAGAUACCGUCCUGCAGAACAGGGUUAUUGCUGCUGCAACUCAGUGUGCCCUCUCCACUUCACAACUUGUGGCCUGUGCCAAGGUUGUGAGCCCUACCAUCAGUUCCCCCGUGUGUCAGGAGCAGCUGAUUGAGGCAGGGAAGCUGGUGGAUCGUUCAGUGGAGGGUUGUGUGCAGGCCUGCCUGUCAGCCACCACUGAUGGAGAACUGCUGAAGGCUGUUAGUGCAGCGGCUGGUAUUGUCACACAGGCUCUCAGUGACCUCCUCACUCACGUGAGGAACUACGCCUCACGCGGGGAGCCUAUCGGACGCUACGACCAGGCCACCGACACCAUUAUGAUAGUUACAGAGAGUAUUUUCAGCUCCAUGGGUGAUGCUGGUGAGAUGGUUCGACAGGCUCGUGUUCUUGCCCAGGCAACCUCUGACCUGGUCAAUGCAAUGAGAUCAGAUGCUGAGGUGGAGGUGGAUGUGACCAAUUCCAAAAAGCUUCUUGCUGCUGCCAAACUGCUUGCAGAUGCCACUGCUCGAAUGGUCGAGGCUGCAAAGGGAGCUGCAGCAUACCCUGAGAAUGAGGACCAGCAGCAGAAGCUGCGAGAGGCUGCAGAGGGACUGCGUGUGGCCACUAAUGCAGCUGCACAGAACGCCAUCAAGAAAAAACUCAUCACAAGGCUGGAGAAUGCUGCUAAACAAGCUGCAGCUGCUGCCACUCAAACCAUUGCUGCAUCCCAGAAUGCAGCACCCUCGAACAAGAACACUGCCGCCCACCAACAACUUGUUCAGAGCUGCAAGGCCGUAGCUGACCAUAUCCCUCAGCUGGUGCAGGGAGUGAGGGGCAGUCAAGGGCAGCCGGAGGAUGGUAGUGCCCAGCUUGCCCUCAUCAUUGCCAGUGAGAACUUCCUUCAGCCUGGUAGUAAGAUGGUGGCAUCAGCAAAGUCCUCGGUGCCCACAGUAACAGACCAGGCGGCAGCCAUGCAGCUGGGACAGUGUGCUAAGAGCCUGGCCACCAGCCUUGCAGAGCUUCGCACUGCUGCACAGAAGGCACAUGAGGCAUGUGGCCCCAUGGAGAUAGACUCGGCCCUCAUAGCAGUACAGACACUUAAGAAUGAACUUCAGGAUGCUAAAAUGGCUGCUACUGAUGGACAGCUGAAACCCCUACCUGGAGAAUCAUUGGAAAAGUGCACUCAGGACCUGGGAGGUUCUUCUAAGGCUGUUGGUUCCUCCAUGGCCCAGCUGCUCACCUGUGCUGCACAGGGGAAUGAGCAUUAUACAGGUGUUGCUGCUAGUGAAACAGCGCAGGCUCUGAAGACUUUAGCACAGGCUGCGAGGGGAGUUGCUGCCACCACAUCAGACCCUGCUGGAGCUGCAGCCAUGCUGGACUCUGCACGUGAGGUUAUGGAAGGAUCAGCCAAAUUGAUUUCAGAAGCCAAGCAGGUGCUGGUUGCCCCUGGUGAUGCAGAGAUACAACAGAGGCUAGCACAGGUAGCGAAGGCUGUGUCCCACUCAUUAAACGCAUGUGUGAACUGUCUACCUGGCCAAAAGGAUGUUGAUAUGGCUCUGAAAAGCAUCGGAGAGGCCAGCAAAAAACUGCUGGUAGACACGCUCCCUCCCUGCAGUAAAAGCUUUCUGGAGGCUCAGAGUGACCUGAACCAGACCGCAGCUGAUCUGAACCAGUCUGCAGGUGAUGUGGUCCAUGCCUCUAGAGGAACCACAUGCCAGCUUGCAGAUGCAUCUGGAAAGUUCAGUGAGGACUUUGAUGAGUUUCUGGACGCUGGCAUUGAGAUGGCUGGUCACACUCAGAGUAAGGAUGAUCAGAUACAGGUGAUUGGAAAUUUGAAAAACAUCUCCAUGGCCUCCAGUAAGCUGCUGUUGGCUGCAAAGUCUUUAUCUGUGGAUCCUGCAGCAGGCAAUGCAAAAAAUCUGCUCACUGCUGCUGCCAGGACGGUGACCGACAGCAUCAACCAAUUGAUUACCAUGUGUACUCAGAAUGCCCCAGGACAGAGGGAAUGUGACAAUGCUCUGAGAGAGCUCGAGGCUGUUAGGGGACUGCUGAAUAACCCGAACGAGCCAGUCAAUGAUCUCUCCUACUUUGACUGCAUUGAAAGUGUCAUGGAGAACUCUAAGGUCCUUGGUGAGUCUAUGGCUGGCAUCUCUCAUUACUGUAAGACAGGAGAUGUUCCAGCAUUUGGAGACUGUGUGGGCAGAGCCUCUAAAGCUCUGUGUGGGUUGACUGAAGCAGCUGGACAGGCCUCUUACCUAGUGGGUGUGUCUGACCCCAACAGCCAAGCCGGACAUCCAGGCUUGGUGGAUCCCAUUCAGUUUGCUCGAGCUAAUCAGGCAAUCCAGAUGGCUUGCCAAAAUCUUGUUGACCCAGAUAGUAGUCCUUCACAGGUACUCUCUGCUGCCACAAUUGUUGCUAAGCACACCUCAGCAUUGUGUAAUGCCUGCCGACUGGCCUCCUCUAAGACUGCUAACCCUGUAGCGAAACGCCAUUUUGUGCAGUCAGCCAAAGAAGUGGCCAACAGCACAGCCAACCUGGUCAAAACCAUCAAGACUUUGGACGGAGAUUUCUCUGAGGAAAAUCGUGAGAAAUGUCAUGUUGCAACUGCACCGCUCAUCGAAGCUGUUGACAAUCUGACCACCUUUGCUUCAAAUCCAGAGUUUGCCAGUGUGCCUGCGCAGAUAAGUAGAGAGGGUUCUGCAGCACAGGAGCCAAUCAUUCAAUCAGCACGCUCCAUGCUUGACAGCUCCACCCACCUUUUGAAGACAGCGCGGUCAUUAGUUAUGAACCCUAAAGAUCCGCCCACGUGGUCAUUACUGGCGAGCCAUUCACGCACUGUUUCGGACUCCAUCAAGAGCCUCAUCACUGCUAUCAGGGAUAAAGCUCCUGGCCAGAAGGAAUGCGACUCAGCCAUUGAUGAUAUCAAUAAAUGCAUAAGAGAUAUUGAGCAAGCCUCUCUUGCAGCUGUUAGCCAAAAUCUUCCUCGUAGAGAUGAAAUUUCAUCUGAGGCUUUGCAGGAGCAGUUGACAUCAUCAGUUCAGGAGGUGGGACACCUGAUUGAGCCAAUCUGUACUGCAGCAAAAGGAGAAGCAGCACAGCUGGGACAUAAGGUGUCUCAGUUGGUCAGUUACUUUACUCCUCUGGUGUCUGCCUCUAUGGGCAUGGCCUCCAAAAUCUUGGAUCACCAGCAGCAGAUGAACAUUCUGGAUCAGACCAAGACUCUUGCUGAGUCUGCUCUACAGAUGCUGUAUGCUGCCAAGGAAGGUGGAGGAAACCCAAAAGCAGCUCAUACCCAUGAUGCCAUCGCAGAAGCUGCCCAGCUAAUGAGAGAAGCUGUUGAUGAUCUCAUGUUGACUCUGAAUGAAGCUGCCAGUGAGGUUGGCAUGGUCAGUGGCAUGGUGGACUCGAUUGCUGAUGCCAUGGGAAAGUUGGGUGAAGGUACCCCACCAGAACCAGAAGGCUCAUUUGUGGAAUACCAGACCACCAUGGUGAAAUAUUCCAAAGCUAUUGCUGUCAGUGCACAGGAGAUGAUCACUAAAUCAGUGAGUGCUCCAGAGGAGCUGGGUAGUUUGGCUUCUCGGGUCACUGCAGACUACAGUCAGCUUGCAGUGCAGGGACGUCUUGCUGCUGCUACAGCUGAACCAGAGGAGAUCGGGUACCAGAUAAAGACACGUGUGCAGGAGUUGGGCCAUGGCUGCCUCGUGCUCGUUCAGAAGGCUGGAGCGCUGCAGAUCAGUCCACCUGACUCCUUCACAAAGAGAGAGCUCAUUGAGUGCGCACGAGCCGUCACUGAGAAGGUAUCUAUGGUGCUCUCAGCAUUGCAAGCAGGUAACAAGGGCACUCAAGCUUGUAUCACUGCAGCCAGUGCUGUAUCAGGCAUCAUCGCAGACCUGGACACCACCAUAAUGUUUGCUUCUGCUGGCACACUGAAUGCCGAGAAUGAUUCAGACUCCUUCGCUGAUCACAGGGAGAAUAUUCUGAAGACAGCCAAAGCUUUGGUGGAGGACACCAAGAACCUUGUUUCAGGUGCAGCAUCAAGUCAAGAGAAACUGGCCCAAGCAGCUCAGUCCUCUGCCAAGACAAUCACACAGCUCACAGAUGUUGUGAAAUUGGGAGCGGCAAGCAUCGGCCCGGAUGAUCCAGAAACACAGGUUGUGUUGAUCAAUGCUGUGAAGGAUGUUGCUAAAGCUUUAGCUGAGCUCAUUAGCGCCACCAAGUGUGCUGCAGGAAAAACAGCCGAUGACCCCUCCAUAUUCCAGCUCAAGAGUGCGGCCAAGGUUAUGGUGACUAAUGUAACAUCCUUACUAAAAACGGUGAAGGCAGUGGAGGAUGAGGCUUCAAGAGGAACCAGAGCUCUGGAGGCCACUAUUGAGUGUAUCAAACAGGAACUAACAUUGUUCCAGUCUAAAGAAGCCCCUGAAAAAUCAACCACUCCUGAAGAGUUCAUACGUAUGACAAAGGGCAUCACCACAGCAACUGCCAAAGCUGUUGCAGCUGGAAAUUCUGCCAGACAGGAGGAUGUCAUCUCCACUGCUAACCUCAGCCGCAAGGUCAUUGCGGAUAUGCUGACCACAUGCAAGCAAGCAGCAUAUCACGAGGAAGUGAGUGAGGAGGUCAGGAACAGAGCUCUGCUGUAUGGCACAGAAUGUACCAAUGGAUACAUAGAACUAUUAGAACAUGUCCUGCAGGUCUUACAAAAGCCAACAGGUGAUCAGAAACAGAAACUGGCAAUGUUUUCUAAAAAGGUUGCUGCAGCUGUCACUGAACUGAUACAAACAGCUGAGGCCAUGAAAGGUACCGAGUGGGUGGACCCUGAAGAUCCUACAGUGAUCGCAGAAACAGAGUUACUGGGGGCUGCAGCCUCAAUUGAAGCAGCGGCCAAAAAACUUGAGCAGCUCAAACCAAGAGCUAAACCGAAGCAAGCUGAUGAGAGUUUGGACUUUGAAGAGCAGAUUCUUGAAGCAGCCAAAUCUAUUGCUGCAGCGACCAGUGCCCUGGUGAAAUCGGCCUCGGCAGCUCAGAGAGAACUUGUUGCACAGGGCAAGGUGGGCGCUAUCCCUGCCAAUGCUGUGGAUGAUGGACAGUGGUCCCAAGGACUGAUAUCAGCCGCACGCAUGGUUGCUGCAGCCACCAGUAACCUCUGUGAGGCAGCGAAUGCAUCUGUCCAAGGUCAUGCCAGUGAAGAAAAGCUAAUUUCUUCUGCAAAACAGGUGGCUGCUUCCACUGCACAGCUUCUGGUGGCAUGCAAGGUUAAAGCUGAUCAGGAUUCAGAGGCCAUGAGGAGGCUACAGGCUGCAGGCAAUGCUGUGAAACGUGCCUCUGACAGUCUGGUUAGAGCAGCCCAGAAAGCUGCUUUUAACAAGGCUGAUGAUGACAAUGUGGUGGUCAAGACUAGGUUUGUGGGGGGAAUUGCUCAGAUUAUUGCUGCUCAGGAGGAGAUGUUGAGAAAGGAAAGGGAGCUGGAAGAGGCCCGUAAGAAGCUGGCACAAAUCAGACAACAGCAGUACAAGUUCCUGCCAAGUGAACUUCGAGAGGAUGAGGACUAAGCAUUAUAAAUCUUGACUUCCCCCUAUUAACGAGAACCAGUUGUCCACCUUUGAAUUGUGUCUGCGAAACAGCUGAAGGUAUCUUCAUUCUUCAGUGCAGUCUCUGUGACACCUGCUGAACCAAUGAAGAGUUUGAACACUGAAACAGUUCUCUGUGGGGGCUAGAGUUGUCUUGAUUGUGAAUUUUUAAAUAUGUAAACUCUUGAAGAACACGCUGUUCGAAACAACGAUCGUCUCGUCUCAUUUACCGUGAAUGUGUUCUGCUCGUGUGUCCACCACACUUUCAUGAAGAAGCUUUAAAUUUCUGGCAUGAUUCUGAACUUGUGAAUGGUUGCAUGACAUUUUUGGAAGCACAGAACUGAUCUUGCACCACAGCAGGGAUUACACUCAUUCGAUUGGAUUGUGGAGCAGACUAAAUGAAGAUGAGAUGGGCAUUUUGUUCCAUCUUUCUCAUUAAAGUGAAUAAUUGACAUUAUUGAGGUUUCAAACUAGCUGUAGACUUCGGUGAUAGUGUACUCAUGUAAGUCAAGAAGAAACAGCCUUUUAAAGUUCUCCAGUCAAAAGGGUGAAAUACAUUUUAUGCUUCACUUUUAUUGCUAUGAAGUUCACAAGGUAUACAAAUAAAAUAAGUAUGUAUGUAGACAUACUACAAAAUGUGCAGUAAUGUGCAAUGUAAUUAAAAACUACUCACAAAGAGUUUAAAUUGCAUCUUCAAAAUUGAAUUACUUGCUGCUGCCCAUAGGCAGUAAUGAGUGGAUACAGUGAUUCAUGUGAACCAUUUAGAAUAAUUAUGUCCUCGUACCACUAGCAAAACCUUUCUACUGGAGUGAGUCCCAAAUACUGAAUGUAUGUUUUUAAAUAAAAUAAAAUUACUCAAACGUGUCAUGUUGAGGACAUGUACGAUGUACAAGGACAGGGCUGAAUGUGUUGCACUUCACUUUAUUUAAAGGAAUAUUCAGGUUUUAAUACAAGUUAAGGACAGUCGACUUCAUUUGUGGCAUAAUGUUGAUAUAACACAAAAAAAAUACGUUUUCUUAAAAAAACAAAAACUUUGUUGGAGUGAGGCACUUACAAUGGAAGUGAAAGGGGCCAAGUCGUAUACCUUAAAAUACUCACUGUUUCAUAUGUAUAGCCACAAGACGUAAACCGUGUGUUAACUUUUCUGUGUAAAGUUAUAGGCAAUUUUACAACUUUGUUGCCAUGGUGAUGUAAUGGCGUAAACGCUAAAAAAAAAGACAGUGAAAAUGACUAUUUAAACAACUUUACAUCUCAAAUAAUAUACAAGUUUUAACAGAAGAAUUAAUGUAAGUGCUUUUAUAAAAUUAUACGCUUCACAUUUCUGCCUUUACACCCUCCAACAAUGUCCAGUGUAAGUGCCUAACCUUGAUUUUUGCUCGUUUUAAAGAAACGGAUGCAUCUAUUUUAUUUUUUUAUUUUUUUUAAGUAAUCAACAAUAUGCCACAAAUGCUGUCAAUUAGGCUUAACUUGUAUUGAACCCGUAAUCUUCCUUUUAAAGGCAGACAUACUGUACCUAUCAAUAAUAAUUUUAGGAGUAUCUUCUCUUAAACUGAAACAAUGAGCCAUCACAAUCUUUUUAUUAGAGUAGUACCGUUUAUAGCUGUUUGGACUGUUUUCUGCCUCUUUAUCUUUCUGUAACAUCCUCUAUCUCUCUCCUCAUUAUGGUGCUUUUUCUAACCAGUGCAUUUGUUAAUGAUUUAUUCUUGUAUGACCGUUACUGCUUUUUAGCCUUAUUCUUUAGUAUCAUACAGUAACUGAUGAUCUCAAUUUUCUCCUUAGCUUUUAAUGUUAUGGUCAUAUGGCAACAAUGGAGCUCUAGGGGCUGGUCACUCCGAAAGAGUUUUUGUGUCUGUUUGCCUUGUUUUUCUACACGUACCUUAAUUGUUUUCUAUGUAGACGAACGUCUUUGACCAUUGCGCUGUCUUGCUAUUUUUUCAGUGCCUUGCACAGGAGAUUCAUGUUUUUAGACACCGUAUUAAGUUCAAAAUAACUUUUAAAAACGUGUCGACACCUGUGCUCUUCCAUUUAUUUGACUGCAUCUAAUUUUUUUAGCACAAGAACGCGUUUGAUCUGAACGGCCCCUUGCUCUGUAUUUAUUCAGCAAUGUGUUGCCUUGAAACAAUAUCCUUGCUGUUAUUAACCUUUUUGGCUUUAUGUGCAUUAGUUUCAGUGCCUUAGUUUAACACUGUCAAAGGAACGUUUCAAUUCUCUACCUGUAGAAGACAAGAUCUGAUGUUUAUAUUCUGGCUUGCACAUGCAUUUCCUGGUGUGCGUGGAAGCUGGCUUGCUGCUAAUCUGUGACUACCUUUUUGCUCUGUGAUGCUUAGAGCUGGAAUGUUAGCUGGGCUUAAAGUGAAAGGUCAUUGUUUACCUCUAGUAUUCUCAGUAGGUUUUCAUUAAGUGGCCUAUGAAACUCUCACUUUUAAAUGUGUCUCUUACAUUCAGCAGUGCCCCCCUUUAGCUAUAGAUCUGUCUAGAAUUGAUCCUGUCUGUCAGCUACAUGUUGCUGUAAAUGUACUUUGCUUAUUUACAAAUAUAUGACUAUGUACACUACCGUUCAAAGGUUUGGGGUCACUUGCCUGAAAUGUUUCUCAUGAACUUAAAAACCUUUUGAACUGAAGGCAUAUGCUUAAAUGUUUGAAAUUAGUUUUGUAGACAAAAAUAUAAUUGUGCCACCAUAUUAAUUUAUUUCAUUACAAAACUAAAAUAGUAUAAAAAAAUAAAAAAUAAAGUUUUUGAAAUGAAUGACUUGGGCCGAAUAAUUAAGAAAAGCAGCCAAUGGGUGCCCAACAUAGAUGGGAACUCCUUCAAUACGGUUUCAAAAUCAUCCCAGGGUGAUACCUCAAGAAGUUGGUUGAGAAAAUGUCAAGAGUACACGUCUGCAAAAUUCUAGGCAAAGGGUGACUACUUUGAAGAUGCUAAAAUAUAACACAGUUUUGAUUUAUUUUGGAUUUUUUUAGUCACAUCAUAAUUCCCACAGUUCCAUUUGUUAUUCCAUAGUUGUGAUGAUUUUACUAUUAUUCUAAAAUGUGAAGAAAAAAAUAAAUAAAUUAAGAAUGAGUAAGUGAUCACAAACUUUUGAACGGUAGUGUAUGUUGAGACCAUUUUUGUGCUGCAUUUCUUAUGCAUGCUCCAUGACAUCAGUCCAAACUUUUGAUAGCAGAAAUGCAGAAUAAACAAAGUCUGGUCAGCCAUGUCCUUCGGCAUUGUGUAAAUGACUAUCAAAAAAGUCUCAAAUAUUUAGACGUUGCUGAAGGAAGUGUAUGUCACUGAUUCUACCAUUUUGGGACUCUAUUUACUGGAAAUGAAAACUGAUUGACUUGUUUGUGGGUUUGUCUUUCAUUUUAACUUUGAAGAAUUGCCUUUAAGAGCAUUUCAAUAGACUUGAAGUGAUGUAUGUUAAGCAUCUGCCCAUAAGAAAAAAAAUUAAACUAAAAAUAAAGGGCUUCAAAUUA